AUGAGCAAUUUCCAGCAUUCCCCAUCGCCAACAACAGCACACACUCAAACGCCUAUUCAAACCUGUCGCCCAAGACAGCACCAUUCACGAGUUUCGUCGUCUUCACAUGGUUUGCGGCUUCUGUCGGACCGUCCGUGCUCCGCAUUCUAUUACUUGAAGAAUGCAACCACUGUAAACAAGGGCCCCGUACGUCACGACCCCGUGACGUUGACGUCAUCAGCACAUGUCCAACAGCUCAAAACUCAAAGCGGCGACGUUUUCGCCGACGGAACCAGAUACAAGAGCACGGCGACCGACGCCUGCAGCACAUCUUGCUCACGUGCGAUGCACUCGCGUAAGAGACAGUUCAGUGUACAUGACGGCAGGCGGUCCUCGUGGAUGACCCCCCCGGGGGGAGGGGCAGAGGCCGGAUGCCCGGAAGCUAUGUACAAUAGGAAAGCCAGCAGGCGCGGGGCGGCGAAGGGAGGGGCAGGGCGGACGGGGCGGGGCGGGCGGAGCGCGCGCGCUGGGACGGAGCAACGCGGACGGAACGGCGUCGUGGUGGCAGCGUUUUCUUAG